AUGUGCAUAGGCUCCCGCAGCCGCGGCUUCGAGCUCUCGAGCUCGAAAGACGGCAUCGGCUUCGCGGGGGUGGGCAAGCACUGCGUGCUGGAGCGCCAGGUCGACAGCAGUGACAAGGUGCUCAUUGUCCUCGAGAUCAGCGAGGUGGAGCAGGAGGAGCGCAGCUCCAGCACCAUCUGCUUGCGCACCCGCCACGACCUGGCGGGCAGCAGCUUCCCGAGCUCCGUGCAGCAGAAGCGCCGCGUGCCCGUGCCCUUCGAGGCUUCGGUGAGGUGCUCGGCUCGACCUUCCACCGCCACGGAUCUGCGCCGCGGCUCUUCGGCGGGCGCGCGGUCGGCUGGAUUGGCCAUCGUUGGAGACACCUCCUGGAGCCGACUGCCGCUGAAGGGCUGA